AUGGCUUCUUCAAAAGAAUAUACCGAUGAACAGCAAAACUAUUACAGAAUUUGUUAUCUAACUACUGAUAUACUAGCGGAGGGUCUGAGAGAAAUAUUUAAACAAGAAUGGGACAAACUGUACAAAUCAACAAAAGGAGAAUGGAAAGACGAGCCUCGUAAUGGAAUGGACUUUUACAACGGAGAGUCUCCUCGAAAUCAAAAGAGAAACGCUCGUCUUUUGGACACUAUGAAAAACGGAAACAGAGGGGAAUGGGACUGCACAAUGCUGUUUUACGCCAUCCUUUUCUCUGAUUGCGUCGGGCCAGGUCUUAACGCAAUAGUCAGAAAAAAUGUCGAUGAUCUACGAAAUUUCAGGAAUGAAGAAUUCGCUCACAUGCCACAAGGUAGUCUCUCUGAGAUCGAUUUUCAGAAUGCUAUUAGCAAAGUUGACGUUGCGUUUCAAGCGCUUAGUCUUCCCACUGCAAAAAUUCAAGACCUAAAAUGUCAGAAAACAUUUCCAACAAAAGAUUUAACAAAGGUCCUCAAAGAAGUUGAUAAUCUGAAACAAGAAGUUCAAGAAAAAGAGACUCAGCGUCAGGUCCUUGAAGAUCAGCUCCAAAAUGAAGCACCCUCAUUCUGUGUUCUCCCUCCUAAACCCUCGCAUGAAAUCGGUGGUCGUGAAAGGGAAGUAGCCAAAAUAGUCCAACAGCUGAGGGAACUUAAUGACUCCAGUGACAACAGGUUGAGUUAUCUAUACAUUUCAGGGAAUCCUGGAAGCGGCAAAUUACAGCUAGCUGGCCUCGUAGCUGAGAGAUUCUUUGACGACCUUAAAGAAAUGCCUGGUGGGUCUUCAUUUGUAAUGACCUUAAAUGCUGCAAGUCCAGAUUCACUUCUUGAGUCGUAUGCCUCAUUUGCUCGCCACUUAAAGUGCCCAGACUAUUCAGUUGUGGAAACCCUAAGCUCAAAAGAUUCGACCGUGGACGAAAAGAUCACUAGUCUUAAGAUGCUUGUACCUGUAAAAAUUAAGUGUUACACGUCGUGGCUACUGGUGUUUGACAAUGUCACUACUCUGUCGUCAGUGCAUGUCCAUUUACCACAGUUUAAAAACAAGCCUUGGGCAAGGGGCCAGUUGCUGAUUACGACCCAGGACACAACAUCAAUUCCCUCAGAAAGCUCUUUUGUUAAUCACAUCUCGGCAAGCAAAGGUAUGGAGCCCAAUGACGCCCGUUCAUUAUUGUCCAAGCUUUCUAGUAUCCCAGAUAGCGAGCUGGUAGGAACAGUAGCACAAAGACUGGACUAUCAACCUCUUGCUUUAGCAGGCGCUGCCGUCUUUGUUAAAGAGAUUCGGAAGGACGAAGUAUCGAUGCAUUUUGGGUGGGAGGAAUACCUGAAGAUCUUAGAAAAAGGCAAAAGACAGAAAACGGAGGAUACACUUGUCAACACCAAUCCAAUUUAUCCAAAUUCAAUGACGAAAGUAAUAACGUUAGCCGUCGAAACACUGAUGAGAUCCGACAAAUUUCAAAAACACCUUUUCACUUUUCUUGCCCUCUGCGCUCCACGACCAUUGAACGUCGACAUAGCAGUUAGUUACAUCAUGAACGCACAUGAAGAGUUUGAUGAAGCGGACAAGGAACUAAUUCGCCUGAGAUUAAAGAGAAGCUCACUUCUGCUGUUCCAAAAUGAAGAGGGUGGCUGUUUUAUUCGAGUUCACCAGGUUGUGCAUGAUGCUAUAAAAACUGUAGCAAAAGAGUAUGCAGAAAGCCAAACCAAUGAGGUCGUUAGUGGGGUCAUUACAUCAUUUAACGAAUUUAUCGUGGCAAGUCCACCAGAGAAUAAGCGACUAAACACCAGACACAUCGCUCCACAUUUGAAAGCUUUAACUAUAGUAACUGACAAAGUGUUUUUGCGAGAUAAUUUCUUUCAAGUUCAUGAUAAGGAAAUUUCUGAAAAAUGCGAAAACCUUGGAAAUAUUUGUCAAAUGCACUGUGAAUUCGAAGGAGCAAAAACAUAUUUUGAAUAUUCACUCACUUUUAAGCUCCAAGAGCUCGGCCCAGAGCAUGUUGAUGUUGCAACAAAAUACAGUAAGCUAGCUUUGAUUUACCGGUAUUUAGGUGACUUUGAGCAAGCCAAGGAGUAUCAGCAACGUGCUCUGGACAUUAAACUAGACAAGCUCGGCCCGCAACAUGUUAAUGUUGCAACAAGCUACAAUAACCUAGCUUCGAUUUACCAGGAUUUAGGUGACUUUAAGCAAGCUACGGAGUAUCAGCAACAAGCUCUGGACAUUGAACUGGACAAGCUCGGCCCGGAACAUGUUAAUGUGGCAAGAAGCUAUAGUAACUUAGCUUCGAUUUACCAGGAUUUAGGUGACUUUGAGCAAGCCAAGGAGUAUCAGCAACGUGCUCUAGACAUCCAACUGGACAAGCUCGGCCCGGAACAUGUUAAUGUUGCAAGAAGUUACCAUAACUUAGCUUCGAUUUACAAGGAUUUAGGUGACUUUGAGCAAGCCAAGGAGUAUCAGCAACGUGCUCUAGACAUCCAACUGGAAAAUCUCGGCCCGGAACAUGUUAAUGUUGCAACAAGCUAUAAUAACUUAGCUUCGAUUUACUGGCAUUUAGGUGACUUUGAGCAAGCCAAGAAGUAUCAGCAACGUGCUCUGGACAUUGAACUGGACAAGCUCGGCCCGGAACAUGUUAAUGUUGCAAGAAGCUAUGGUAACUUAGCUUCGAUUUACCAGGUUUUAGGUGACUUUGAACAAGCUAAGGAGUAUCAGCAACGUGCUCUAGACAUUGAACUGGACAAGCUUGGCCCGGAGCAUGUUAAUGUUGCAAGAAGUUACCAUAACUUAGCUUCGAUUUACAAGGAUUUAGGUGACUUUGAGCAAGCCAAGGAGUAUCAGCAACGUGCUCUAGACAUCCAACUGGACAAGCUCGGCCCAGAACAUGUUAAUGUUGCAACAAGUUACCAUAACUUAGCUUCGAUUUACAAGGAUUUAGGUGACUUUGAGCAAGCCAAGGGGUAUCAUCAACGUGCUCUAGACAUCCAACUGAACAAGCUCGGCCCGGAACAUGUUAAUGUUGCAACAAGUUACCAUAACUUAGCUUGGAUUUACAAGGAUUUAGGUGACUUCGAGCAAGCCAAGGAGUAUCAGCAACGUGCUCUGGACAUUGAACUGGACAAGCUCGGCCCGGAACAUGUUAAUGUUGCAACAAUCUACAGUAACUUAGCUUUGAUUUACCAGGAUUUAGGUGACUUCGAGCAAGCCAAGGAGUAUCAGCAACGUGCUCUGGACAUUGAACUGGACAAGCUCGGCCCGGAACAUUUUAAUGUUGCAACAAGCUAUAAUAACUUAGCUUUUAUUUACUGGCAUUUAGGUGACUUUGAGCAAGUCAAGGAGUAUCAGCAACUUGCUCUGGCCAUUAGUGCAGACAGGCACCGGCUCAAAAAAACACCAAAUAAGGUACAUGAAGGACUGCUUAGAGACGUAAAAAAAUAUAUUCUGGAUAUUAUAUUUCUUCUAGAAAGAUUUUAGGCAGUCUUUAUGGUUUAUCGCUUUAGUGUUGUGUUAAAGGCUGAAUUUUUCAGUUUUUUUUUUUUCACAGCAGCAUAAGUUGCGUCUUAAACUGCGAGGAUCAUCUUUGCAUUUUUUCUUUCGCAGUUCCAAUAUAUGUAAUUCAUAUAAUCUUUAUAAAUGAUUUUAAUUUGAUAAACUCCAUAACGUUUUACAUGUAUUAAUCUUGGAAUCGACAUUUGGGACGUUUGUAAGACAUCUCUUAAAUUCAGGUUUGACUGUAACAGUUUCUGUUUACUCUCUAUUUCUGCUUUCAGUAUCUUUAAGUUUCUUCUAAUGAAAAAAACCUGUUAGUCCUUGCAGAUUACUCAUGAAGCUGAAAGGCAUUUAUCACAAUCCAAGAAAAAAGAUGAUGGCGAUGAGGAUGAUGAUAAAGGCAAUAGUAAGGACGGUAAAGCAAAAAUCAUUGUUAAGUUAAAAAUGUCUCCUCCUGAUAACUUUUAACGAUUUUAAUCAAGGGCGCUUUCCUCUUAGAAAAAAUCCGAUAAGUUUUGAUCGUUGCACAAUCUUACAGUCUUUGGACUAGAUGCGACAAAGGGAACGUGAGUAAAAACCCGGAGAUGGAUUCUUCAGCGUUCCAAAAAUAUUUGUGUGAAACGCCUGCAAUAACGUAGAAUUCUCGACAGGUGUAAUUGUUUUGGACCCAUGCCCAAGCAAACUCAUUAAUUGUGAAUCUACAAAUGCGGAUUUAGAUUUAAUCUAUCACCAGAUCUAUUGGGAGUGUGUUUUCAGUUUUAGUAAAGAAAGGCAAAAUCCGCGUUUGGAUGAUUGUCUCAAAGAAAAGUGGCGUAGGUCAAAAGUCAGCUACAUCCAAAAGGAAAUUUUCAGGCAAACACAAUUUUCGAUUUGGGGCUGCUUAUUCAGACAAACUACAGGUGGAUUUUAACACCGCCAUUUAUUAAAGCCAUUUUCAAUUUUGCUAACCUCAAGAUCCAAACAUUGUUUGCCUCUUAUGGUAUCAAGGAGGCUUUCAGCCCAGGCAAACCCAGUAGAAAACCAUUUAUCUACUUUAAAUAAACGAGUUCAAAGCGAAUUAAGGGUUCCGAUGAUGCCAGAUACAAUACAUUAGGUGCGGUUACACUAGACAGUGAAACCACACAGUGCUAAAUUGCCCAAAAGGAAGAAAAAACGUGAACCCAGUUUUGAGGUAAACGUUGUUGUAAACAUUGAAGGCUUACAUAAUCGUAUUAAUAACACCCACUCCACAUUAAUUAAACUUAGAAAGUAGAGAUUCAGUCUUACAUUUUGAGACUAAAAAGGACGACGUUGACUUCAUUUUUAUAAAGAAAGACAAAUUCUUGCUCAGAAGUCAAAAGUACGGGUUUACAAAAGUGUUUGCAACGACUUAAUAAGGAAAUAAUUCUUAAACACAUGUAAAGAAAACUUACGAAUUUUUUGAGGAGCUUUUAAAUUGAUGCAAAAGUGUAAAAUACAGAAAAACAUUCACAGCAGCGCUCAAAAUCCUGCUGAGGUUUCGCAGUCCCGUUUGGCGCUGGAUUUGGCGCACGACGGACUCAGCACGUAAACAACACGUGAUUUCUACUUUUUGGUACGUUUCAAUCUCUCGUGAUUGGUUGAGCCGCCUUAGGCCGUUCUUAUUAACCAAUAGAAUUUACUUCGGGAACUGUCAUGGAUAAUUCUUUUGAUCCGAUUGAUGUAUCCAUGGAAACUUCCCCGAAGCAAGCAAAAAGCCGCUUCCACGUGGGCAACAGCUAGUUGCCGGUGAGUGAAAUGGGUACUUUUGCCGCCCCUAUUUUAGGUCGUUUAAAAAGGAUACGUUAUGGUCAACGUUUGACUUUCCUCGAAUCUUGUGCAUUACAAGCUUGAUUACUCUUCUCUUUUACAGACAAAAGAGCUAAGAGAGACAAACACAAUGCUGGACAAAUGGCUAAGAAAGGUUUAGAUGCUGGUAGUGAUGUGUCAUCUGAGGGAGAUGGUUACCUGGAUUCACAGGAAGAGGAUUACAGAUCAGACACCUUUGCAUCUUUGGAUGGUGAGAUAUUUUAAUCCUUUGAUCCCCAAAAUCUGUCUUUGUCUGCUGCUGUUGCUAUGAUCUAGCCUGUUUUUAGCCACCCCCUCGCCCUCAAACAUUAUGGAGCUUAAGCAAAGACAUUUUUGAGCAACGCACGUCAACCGGAAGUGGGGUCUUUUCUCUUUUAAUAUGCCUUGAUGCUUCUAACAAAUUUGUAUUGCUAAGUUUCUUUACUCUGAUAGAGACGAUCUGCCCGAAAAUUUGGGCACAACCACUGCCCAAGAACGGCAAAAAGUUCACUUCCGGUUGAUAAGCCUGGCUCAAAAACGCCUCUGCUUAAGCUCCCUAAUUUGUUUAAAGGGAGUGGUUAGCUAUACACAGGCUACUGUGCCCCAGUUGCAUCACCCUUCCUGUCAUUUUUUCUUCCUCUACUGUGCUUCUUCAGUUCCCCCUUUGCCUCGAUCUCCGCUACUUUCUUUCCGCUUUCUUUCAUCAAGGGAUGGCGCAGUGGCGAGAGCGCUCGCCUCCCACCAAUGUGACCAGGGUUGAAAUCCUGGCGUUGACGCCAUAUGUGGGUUGAGUUUGUUGUUGGUUCUCUCCUUUGCUCCGAGAGGUUUUUCUCCGGGUACCUCCGUUUUCCCCUCUCCUCAAAAAUCAACAUUUCCAAAUUCCCAUUCGACCAGGAAUCAGGUAGACAAAGAACCACUUUGUGGAUGUGCUACCUCCAAAUUAUUAUUUAUUUAUUUAUCUCUGCAUCACCAUUAUGUGUAACAGCUGUAGUUACAUUAGCCAAUCAAGAAGCGGGAAAUAUUAAAGUUAAGUAACGUCUGUUAUAAAGGGUGCUACUGUAUAAUGGCCUCCUAAUCAUCUGCUGCAACUGCUCCAAAGAUAUGGAACGUUUUAAUGGACUAUAUUAGGAAAGAGAAGAAUUUCGAUAAGUUUAUGAAACUUCUUAGUAAGACCUUCUAUUUGAGAGAAGCGUACAGCAAGGUUCUUUUAUUUUCUACUCUUAUAUCCUUUUUUCUCUCUUGCUCGUUUUUGGUAAUGUUAAAUUAUUGAUGUAGCAAUUGAAAGUGUAAAUAAUUUCAGUUAAUACAGUAGGUAGUAUGACUUUGUUCUAUGUAGGUUUCAUUUUUGUGUAUGCGCAUUUGAUCAUAUACCUAUGUUAAAAUGCGCUAUAGAGGUGUCAAAUAUUAUUUAUUAUUAUUAUUGUUAUUACUAUUACUUGUGUAAUAUGGUCUCGAAUUGUUCACUUCUAUGCUCUCUAUAGGAGUAUGCCACUGCCGCUUUCUCUGCAAGGUUACAACUCACCACAGUACUUCUUUGAUGCUCUUAUCAUUAUCAUCAUCAUCAACAACAACAUCAUCAUCGUCAUUAUUUUUGUUAUUAUUAUCUUCAUCAUAAAGACCUGUAUUGCAUUGUCUUGCUCAUUAUUUCUUUUACAUGAAAGAAUGUCCUUAAAGAUAAUAUUCCAUGUAUGGUGAAAAUUCAUUGUAGUUGACACUUCGUUCCUUGUUUUUAUUUAUCUUGUUGUCCUGUCGAGGACAUAAGACAAAUUCCUGGCCUUACUCUUUAAGUAAAAGAAAAGAGGUGACAUAAAGCAUUUAAAAGAAGCAUUUAUUUCCAUCUUAAAUUAUACGACAACAACAAUAGCGCCAUCGUGCUACUGAAACGGUUUUCACCAUGUUUUCGCAUAGCAGAAGAUGCAACAACUUUGAAACUUGAAGAUGACCUUAAUGCAGAAGAGACAUCAAGUGAAGAUGAGGGUGAAUUACCACAAGAAGGACGUUGGCUAAAAGACUUGUGGGAACGAGAUAAAAGAAAGGAGUCCUGGGACGAGGACGAGGACGAGCAUGAGGACAAGGCCGCCGCCGCCGUUGACGACGAGGAUGAGGACGAGGACGCGGAUCGUCCUAACCGUCGCACCCUCGCCCUCAUGCUGGCCGUCGUCGUCGUUGCCGUCGUCCUCGUCCGGACCAGGAUGAAAUGA